AGAACGAUAAAAGAAUUACUUAUAAUGGGAAAGGAUAGCAGCGACGAUGGCGUGGAUUGGGACAAGUCCAUCAAAUCCAUACUGGAGGGAUCAGAGUCRGACGAUGCGAAAAAAGUGAAAAAGCUCCGAAAAAUGGUCCUUCUGUCCCUCCAAAUGGACGAGAGCGACAAGACAGCGAAAAAGCAAUUCAAAAAGGCAAUUCAAGGAAUGGAAGARCAGGGAAAGAUCAAGCUCGAUGCGGAUGGUACGAUUAGUCUUGUAUUGGAGAAAAAGAGCAAGAAGAAGAAGCGAAAGGCAUCUUCGUCAAAUGACGACGAACGCGAGGAAAAGAAAAAGAAGAAGAAGAAAGACAAGAAGCGACGAAAGACGGGCGAGGAUACAUCCGACGUCGACGAUGACGGUGGAGACGACAACAACCAAGAAGGAAACGACGACGAAGAAACCGCCCCGGUGUCGUUGGCCGACAAGAACAAACCUUGCAAGGGCAAUGCCCAAGGUGUGACCCGUCUCUUCAUUGGGAACCUACCAUUUUCAGUAGAUGAAUCCUCACUGAAUGCGUUUCUACCGGGGGAGGUCACUCACAUCAAAUGGAUCACGGACAAAGAAACCGGAAAGUUUUACGGAUCCGCCUUCAUUGAAAUGGACAAUUCGAUUUCUGCCUCUGAUGCGGUGGCCAUGACCGGUUCCAAAUUGAUUGGACGACCCAUAAAAAUCAAUUUUGCCCCUGCGAGAGAGGGCGACGUUUGGCCGCCACCAAAGAAAGAAAUAAGUGGUGGAGGCAGCAGCAACACCACGGGCGGCCAAGCCGGUGGAACCGGUGUGAAGGCGAUGAGCGCCAAGCCCGACAACUGCAUGAAGUUGUUUAUCGGAAAUCUAUCGUACGACAUYGACGACGAGGGAAUCAUCAAGUUUUUUGGAAAUGUUGAUGCCGAGGUGAAGGCGGUGCGCUGGCUGCACCACAAAGAUUCUGGAGACUUCAAGGGUGUUGGAUUUGUUGAAUUUUGGAAUACAGAGGCUUGUGAGAGGGGAGCCACGCUGAAUGGAAAGAAUCUUUUGGGACGACCCAUUCGAAUUGAUUGGACCGACUARCAAAUAGAAACCGUAAUACCAAUAUGAAAAGCACUACUAGUUUUUGCCAUUUUGGUUUUCUUCACAGAUGUGCACGUCUUGAGAUCAGAUGCUGAGGCUUCCAGCAUUUUUAUCAAGCACGGUGGAGAAAAACUACUGCUGUAGUUUWAAAAAGAGCUGUGGAUCAACAAUUAGAAGAAGAUAAUCUCACCACAUUUUGCUGGGGACCAUCUUGGAUCCAUUUGAUGCUUCUUGUCAUCUAUUUUGAGUUGCAACAUGUCCUGUGAGUGUUUGCGGUGUUAUCAUAUUUCUAGAUAGUAGUUUGGAAAACAAUUAAUAGGGUUAGUGUUACUGUAAGUGUGGUAUCCCAUAACGUUACACGUACGAACCUGUACGGUAGGUGCCCGUUCCUGUAAAUCACACGAACUUCUUUUGAGAUUAAAUUUCUGACUGAACAGUCUCUCCAAGGUUUCCUCUUAAAAACAAAUAGAUCGUUGAAAGAUACGAGUUUACAAGUACGAGGUAUGGUACGGUACACUAACGUAGAUGUCGACAGAGAAGGUACGUACCGGUACAAUUCUAUGCUGCUUACUGAUCACUCUUGACUGAUGUGUUCUCAGAAUCACAGGCUCAAGAUGGUUUUCGAUUCACAAAUCGUUUGUUGCCCUCCUUUUAUCAUCGACUGACUCUGACAAGUAAUCUGUCAACUACACUGCCUACCCCACUUUAUUCUAUUCACUAGCCCUCCGACGAGUCUGCAUUUUUGAAAGUCCAAAAGAGAUAAUACAACGUGCACACAUCGAUACACGAUACACGACAACAGACACGAUGAUUGCCUUUGGUGCCGCGCUCAGCCUUUUCUUGUUGCAAAAUCAAGCGACGGGAUUCGUAGUCCCAUCCGCGUCGAGUUCGAUAGGGAGAAACCAGUGUUUUGAAGCUGCAUCUGCAACAUUCACAAGUCACAAAAAAUGCGGAUCAUUUCGCCAUGAAUCUUUGACCCGUCGGUUUGCUGCGUUGGAUGACGACGACGAAGACGACGGAUUCGACGAAUCAGGGCCUCUGGCGAAGGGCAUCGAUUCCGUCUCGUGGCUUCCCUCAGUAUCCGGUGCAAAGGGAGAUAAUAUGCCAAUUACCUCUACCACAGAAGUACGUGACAUGUCGUGACAAAAGUAAACCCUGAGUGACACGACAAAGGGCAGGAAUGUUAAACAUUGCAUUUUCAUCGCACGCGUUUUCGAAUGUAUUUCCUUUCUGUGAUUUCCAACCAURCAACUCCGCCUUUUUUUGUCAACAGGGUUCAGAAAUAAUUCCCGUUUUCCCAC